CGGAGGUGUGGGGAGCAACAAGGAGGAGUUGAGCUUACGUUGAACCGUUGGCCGAGCUUGGCCUUUUUUCUCUGAACUUCGCUCACUAACAUAACCGGCAGCAAACCGUGCUGCUUCAACCACCGCCGCAAGUCAGUAGUCCACGGUGCUCGCGUGAAAUACCAUCAGCUCUGGCCUCACUGGAUCUCCAGGACCAGUCCAGCUCUUAUUCUCCCUCAGACAACGGCCGGUACUGAAACGCGGACGGUCUUGAGUCCUGACAUCAAGAGGGGCACAUCGUUCGUCCGCACACACCACCGCUUGGCUCCGCCCUUGCUCCACGCUCAUCUCACAACCACUAGAGGGAUACGAUAGGAUCUGGGGAGGAGAUAUAGUGUCUGACAUCCAAGAUGCCGUCCACAUCGGUGGCCUUGACCCCGGGCCUGUCGUCGUUUCUCAAGUCUCUGAAGACGAACCCGAUCGACACAUCCAUCGACAACCUCAUAUCACUUCUCAAACGGAGACAGAUCCGUCAUUCACGAUCAUGCGCCAUUGCGACCGCUUACCUUCUCCUCCGCGUCGUCUCUUUUUACCGGACAACAGAUGCUGCAAAAUUAAUUGAGCGGGUGCAGAGUGUGGGGAGACGGCUGAUAGCCGCCCAACCCAGGGAGAUGGUCGUUGGUAAUAUUGUGAGACGGAUCCUAGGCCUCAUCAGAGACGAAGCGGAGGACGAACGAGAUGCGGAGUUUUCCUUGUCCAGUGACGCCGGUUCAGACAGUCGACCACACACUCCGCCCCAGUCGAACAAGGAUUUUGAAGCUGGUUUGGGCAUUCACGACCAUCUGUCCGUCCGGCACGAAGGCUCAGAGAGAUCCUCCUCUCGCCCACCUUUCAAUUCCUUUGCGCCCACUCCGGCCCCGAUAUCCAUGUUCAGUCUCCUGUCACAUCCCGAUACGGACUCCUCUCAACCAGGCUCCCCUGCAAUGCCUGGUUCGCCGUUGGGUCGAUUCCCUGGUCACGCUCCAAGCAAGGACAUCCGCGCAGAAGUCAUUGACGGAAUCGGUGAGAUCAUCGAUGAGUUAGGUCAAGUCGACGACCAGAUCGCCGGUUACGCCUUGGAGCAUAUCCACUCGAAUGAAAUCAUUCUCACCCACACGUCCUCGUCGACCGUCCAAAAAUUCCUGAUGAAGGCCGCUGCUAAGCGGAAAUUCACCGUCAUCCAUGCAGAGUCCUAUCCUAACAACCACGAGGCGACGCACGCUACUGUAAGCGGAACAACCUACGGCGACGAAGAGAGCAUGAGCGUCGAGUCAUUCCAGAAGCCUUUGAUUGCCAUGGGUAUCACGGUCAUCCUGAUCCCCGACUCCGCCGUAUUUGCGCUUAUGUCCCGGGUCAACAAGGUUAUCCUGGGCACACACUCGGUCCUGGCCAACGGCGGACUUGUCGCGGCCGCUGGCACUCGAGUCAUUGCUCGGGCAGCCAAAGUCCACCAGACUCCGGUCGUCGUGGUCAGCGGUGUUUACAAGCUGAGCCCAGUGUAUCCCUUCGACUACGAGGCGCUGAUCGAAUACGGUGACGCGAGCAAAGUGCUCGGUUACGAAGACGGCGAUCUGGUGGACAAGAUCGACGUUGAGAACCCACUCUAUGACUAUGUUCCAGCAGAGCUGGUUGAUCUUUACAUUACUAACUUGGGAGGUCAUGCGCCGUCAUAUCUGUACCGUAUCGUCUCAGACCAUUACCGGAAGGAGGAUAUCAACUUCUAGAUUAUGAAUGACACUUACACUAGAUGAGAAAAUAUGGAAGGAACAAAAUGAAAAUAAUGAUACCCAGGGCAAUCAUUAUAGAUA